CAAAUGUAUCCUGCAUCUUUCUCGCUCUCUCUCUCCCUCCCUCUCUCUCCCUCUCUCUCGUAACAACCAUGUAAAUUCAAGUAAUUGAACAAUCAGGUGCUCUCUCUCUCAGUAAAGUAGAGGAGUAAUCUGCCAGAGGCUGAGAAUUUCAAAUGAUCUUAACCAGACACUUAAUUCAAUUCCUACAGCUUUAUGAACAAAAUAAGUGGUGUGUUUAAUUCAAAUAAUCAGCACAAGGUACGAAGUCUAUCAGAGUAUGGGCACUGGUCAAAACAAGUAGUGAAGUCAGAGCUUGAUUACAACCAAACAGUGUUUGUUUGACUCCCUCAGUUAUAUCUUGACCAACAAAAAAAAGAAACGUCCGUUUUUCAGGACCCUUGUUUUUCAAAGAUAAUACCCUUAUUGGCCUUCUUGCAACACCUGAGUUAAGAAAAGAUUUACUAAAUAAACUAAUGCAACAUAUUGAAUGCCAACCACCAUUAAACCCACCGAAGAAGAAGAAGUAGUCCUGUUGCGUUUUGAUAGUCAGGGAACAGGAAGUUCCGGGCAGGCUUCGGCCACAAUUGUUCUCUGAAGACAGUAGCGGUUGUGUCCGUUUCAGAAGUAUUAACUAAAGGCCUGUGCUUUUUUGACAGCAUCUUCACUAAAAGAGGCCUAUGGCAUAACCCCUCAAGUGGAGUCUGGGUUUUUAACUCAACAGCCCUUCACUGACAUGGAGACCAACUCAGAUUAAGUCUGAGGCCGGUAACAUCAACAGUGAGGACAAACCCAGCCUGCCUCUCCCCUUCCACACUGAGUCCAAACCUACAGUCACUGGGUCCUGAUUGUGACAGUGGAGCCCAGUUUGCACUGCAGGAUCCAGAGAUGGCAUCAGUGAAGCUGGAAGACUGCAGUCAAACACUGGAGCUGAAUGUCAACAUUAAAGAUGAAGAAGAGGAGGAGGAGAUUGGUACAUCUGUUAGUCAUGGAGACCAUGUUGAGACAUUCUCUACAUCUAGAGAGCAACAGCAGGAAGAUCACAGAGCUAAGAGGUUUCACCACUGCCCACAUUGUGAGAAGAUUUUCCCAGGUUUAUCAAAGCUAAAAAUACACGUAAAAAUCCACACAGGAGAGAAUCUGUAUUCCUGUACUGACUCUGGGGAGAGAUUCACAACAUCAAAGGCUCUGACAGUUCAUCAGAGAGUGCACACAGAAGAGAAACCUUACUCCUGCUCGUACUGUGGGAAGAGUUUCUCUCAACAGACCAACCUAAAAAAACACCAACGUUUACACACAGGAGAGAAGCCUUACUCCUGCUGUGACUGUGGAAAAUGCUUCACAACCUCAUCUGAGCUAACAGUUCAUAUGAGAACACACACUGGAGAAAAGCCUUAUGUCUGCUCUGACUGUGGGAAGAGUUUCUCCCACCAGGGUAGCUUAAAAGCACACCAACGUAUACAUACAGGAGAGAAGCCGUACUCCUGCUCUGACUGUGGAAAGAACUUCUCCCGAUUGGGUACCCUAAAAUUGCAUAAACGUAUACAUACAGGAAUUAAGCCUUACUACUGCUCUGACUGUAGGAAGAGUUUCUCCCACCAGGGUAGCUUUAAAGCACACCAACGUAUACAUACCGGAGAGAAGCCGUACUCCUGUUCUGACUGUGAGAAGAGUUUCUCCCGAUUGGGUACCUUAAAAUCGCAUGAACGUAUACAUACAGGAAAGAAGCCUUACCACUGCUCCAACUGUGGGAAGAGUUUCUCCCAACGGAACCAUUUAAAAUCACAUGAACGUCUUCACAUAGAAAAGAAGGCACACUCCUGCUCUGACUGUAGAAAAUGCUUCACAACAUCAUAUGAUCUAAAAGUUCAUCAGAGAACACACACUGGAGAAAAGCCUUAUGUCUGCUCUGACUGUGGGAAGAGUUUCUAUCAACAGAGCAGCUUCAAGAAACACCAACGUCUACACACAGGAGAGAAGCCUUACUCCUGCUCUGACUGUGGAAAAUGCUUCACAACAUCAUCUGAUCUAAAAGUUCACCAGAGAACACACACUGGAGAAAAGCCUUAUGUCUGCUCUGACUGUGGGAAGAGUUUCUCUCAACAGAGCAGCUUCAAGAAACACCAACGUUUACACACAGGAGAGAAGCCUUACUCCUGCUCUGACUGUGGAAAAUGCUUCACAACAUCAUCUGAUCUAAAAGUUCACCAGAGAACACACACUGGAGAAAAGCCUUAUGUCUGCUCUGACUGUGGGAAGAGUUUCUCUCAACAGAGCAGCUUCAAGAAACACCAACGUUUACACACUGGAGAAAAGCCUUACAUCUGCUCUGACUGUGGGAAGAGGUUCUCUCAACAGAACCAUUUAAACACACAUCAACGUAUUCACACAGGAGAGAAGCCAUACUACUGCUCUGUCUGUGGGAAGAGUUUCUCUCAACAGAGCAACUUAAAAACACACCAACGUAUACAUAAAGGAGAGAAGACUCAUCAGUUCUCUCAGACCAGCUAAGAUUAAAAUUAGGUGAUGGAGUGAUUUUAAUUUCAUUGCUUUACUUGGACUGAAAUAGGUGAUUUUAAUCUCAUUGCUUGACUUGGACUGAAAUAGGUGAUUUUAAUCUCAUUGUUUGACUUGGACUGAAAUAGGUGCCGGAACUCAUUUUAGAGGAAACCCUUUUGGACAAUCAGAACCUUACAAAUGGAAAGGCCGCACACCCUUCCUAAGAAGGUCUGGUUCCGACAGAUAACCAGCGAACGAAGGCAUUCACACGUAAAUACAUUCAUGAUUUCUUCUCGUCUGCAAAGUAUAUGAUUACUGUGAGAAUAGUUUCUAAAAUGUUUCUAAAAUGUAUCAAUGAUAAGUGUUGUUUUUCUCUCUCUCCUUUUGAAAAAAAACAGACACUAUAUUGUGUCAG